AGAUCAGACGCCGGCCAACCUAUUAUAGCCGUAGAGUCGGAUACGGAGGACUGGGAUACGAGACGUCGUCGGGGCGGAUAAGAGAGGCGAGCGUGCGUUCGGCCCAGCGGAGGCAGAGAAACGGGGGACGACGACGACGACGACAACGAAGAAGGAGAAGAAGAAGAAGAAGAAGAAGAAGAAGAAGAAGAAGAAGAAGAAGGAAAACGGCAACAACUAAAAUACAAGGUUCUAGCAGUUAGUUCUCUCUCCCCUCCCUCGCCCCUCCGUUCCUUCUUCCACGAUAACCUCGACACCCGGACCAGACAGAGCCCGCCUCACCGCCCCUCGCCUACCCGAGCAGCAACCCCCUUCGAGACGAAGCCUGCAAGGCACAGCAACGCGCGCGCGCGCGCCUACCUAUGUCCGCGCACACCUCAGACACAUACACAUACCCACACCCACACCCGCAUCCAGACGGUAUGUAUGUACGCGCGCGCGCGUACGUGUACAUAUGCGACCCAUCCUCCCCACACGACAUCUUCCCGCAACCUCCCCUCCCUCGCCAGCCGACCGGGACCUGCAUGAGCGUCGCCAAGAAGCGGAGGCAAAGCUUCCAGCGUCAGCCGCCGCGGCGUCAGCUUCCGGCGCACCGUCCCCGCGCCGCAGGAGCAGUAAUGCCGGGAGGGGUUAAGAGAGAGAGGGAGGGGGGGAGAGAACGAGAGAAACAAAUGGAGAAACGGAGGAGAGACAGAGCACAGGUGAGCACGACGGGCCGUAGAGCAGUGGAAGGGAGAAAAGAGGUUCUAGGAUACCACGAGCUUAAGCAGCAAUUGACACGACAUACUCAUACUCGUACACCCCCCAAAAGAAAAAAAGUGCUCUCUCUUUCUCUCUCGGCGUGUAGUCUACUCUAUAUGGGUUGCGUCGACCUAGCACAUGUUGAAAGAGUGCCUCUUCUUCUUUUUCUUCCUCUUAUCCGGUCCCGUCCCGUCCCAAAAAAAAAAACUCCACGCCGUCUAGUCUAAGGUAUUAUAGAAUCACCGGUGAUAGGAUCCUCCAAGCGACUCUUAGCCAAUCGACCUUCUCUUCUUCUUCU